AUGAAAUUGGGAGAUGACUUUUUUAAGUUCGAUGGGAAUGAAGAAGAGAGUGAAGGAGUUGGUUUAGGCGGUGAUCGCAAUGGGGGCAAGUAUUCACAGCCUUCAGUAAGUGAGCUGUUGAAUAGGCCUUCCAAAAGUGAGCAAAGUAGUGAAAAAAGUGGGGAUGAAUUUCUUGAGAAGUUUAAGCUUGGGAGUGUUGAUAAUGCGGAGAAGAAAUCGGAUGAAGAUACUUUGGUGCAACCACCUCAGGAAGAUAAGAUGGAGGUGCCUGAAAACGCUGAUGAGAUUUUUAAGAAAAUGAAACAAAGUGGUUUAAUUCCUAAUGCCGUAGGCAUGCUUGAUGGGCUUUGUAAGGAUGAUUUGCUUCAGGAAGCUAUGAAGCUUUUUGGGUGGAUACGCAAAAAGGGUACUAUACCAGAAGUAGUUGUGUAUACAGCUGUGGUUGAAGGAUUUUGCCAAGCGAAGGAAUUUGAUAAAGCUAAGAAGAUAUUCAGGAAAAUGCAGGAUAAUGGGAUUGUGCCGAAUGCUUAUAGUUAUACUGUCUUGAUCAAAGCUCUUACCAAGGCAAGGAAACUUGAUGAUGCAGUUGAUUUGUGUGUGGAGAUGUUGGAAAACGGCCACUCACCAAAUUUGAUAACGUUCACGGGGCUCGUUCAUGAGUUUUGUGAGAACAAACGAGUUGAAGAUGCGCAAAACACUAUUCUUACAUUGAAGCAAAAGGGAUUCCAUAUCGAUGAGAAAGCCGUUAGAACUUACUUGGACAAGAACGGUCCAAUGUCUCCUAUGAUCCAGGAAGCAAUCUUUGGCCCUAAGAAGACUAGGCAGGGGCCAAUUUGA